UUUUCCCGAGAACACAUCCGGAACAUUGGGGGGAGGGGGAAAUCCCCCCCCCAAAGCUACCUAGCAGCUGGAAGAGAUUUCUACUGCGAAUAACGGGGAGCUGGAAGAAACUGCUGUCUGAGCCAGAUACCAGGGUUGUCGUCAGUUGACCCUUACAAAGAUGGCGGCCGCUUCCUCCUCCUGCAAUGGAGAAGAAGACGAGAGCUUAAAGGGAUGUGAGAUCUACGUUCAGAAACACAACAUCCAGCAAAUCCUGAAGGAGUGCAUCGUGAACCUCUGCAUUGCUAAACCCGAUCGGCCGAUGAAGUUCUUGCGGGAACAUUUUGAAAAGCUGGAAAAGGAAGAAAGCAAACAGAUUCAGGCUUGGCAGAAAUCCAGCUCACAGUCAGAUUCUCAUGAUGAUGAAGUUUCUCCACCACCACCCAACCCGGUGGUCAAGGCGCGACAUCGAAGGGGUGGUGUCAGUGCUGAGGUCUACACAGAAGAAGAUGCAGUUUCUUAUGUCCGGAAGGUUAUUCCAAAGGACUAUAAGACCAUGACAGCCUUAGCUAAGGCCAUUUCCAAGAAUGUCCUGUUUGCUCACCUUGAUGAUAACGAGAGAAGUGACAUAUUUGAUGCCAUGUUCCCUGUUAACCAUAUUGCCGGAGAGACCGUGAUCCAACAAGGUGAUGAAGGUGACAACUUCUAUGUGAUUGAUCAUGGAGAGGUGUAUGUGUACGUGAAUGGAGAAUUAGUGACCAGCAUUGGAGAAGGAGGCAGCUUUGGGGAACUUGCUCUUAUUUAUGGAACACCACGAGCGGCAACUGUCAAAGCUAAGACCGACCUCAAACUCUGGGGAAUUGACAGAGAUAGCUACCGACGCAUCUUGAUGGGCAGCACACUGAGAAAGCGGAAAAUGUACGAAGAAUUUCUGAGCAAGGUUUCCAUUUUGGGAUCCCUGGACAAAUGGGAGCGCCUGACUGUGGCAGAUGCCCUAGAGCCUGUCCAGUUUGAGGAUGGACAGAAAAUUGUGGUUCAGGGGGAGCCAGGGGACGACUUUUUCAUCAUCACAGAGGGCACAGCAUCUGUCCUUCAGCGUAGGUCUGACAAAGAGGAAUAUGUAGAAGUUGGGCGCCUGGGGCCAUCGGAUUAUUUUGGGGAAAUCGCUCUGUUGCUGAACAGGCCCAGGGCUGCUACUGUGGUGGCCCGCGGGCCCUUGAAGUGUGUUAAGCUGGACCGCCCGCGCUUUGAACGAGUCCUUGGCCCUUGCUCAGAAAUCCUCAAGAGGAACAUCCAGAGAUACAACAGUUUCAUCUCUCUCACUGUCUAAAGUCUUUUUUGGCUCCUCUUUUAUGUUAAAACCUGUGCACUUAAAAAAAAGCGUUCUGUGCCGUUUCAUAGCUUUAUGAAGAAAAGGAGAGGCACAUUCAUUUUAUGCAGAUGUAUUUAAGUGUUCAUGUCUGGUGCAGUAGAUAUUGAGUCACUGUAUAUUGUUAAGGGGACAGCAGAUAGCUGGAUGUCAGUGAUUUUAGGGAAUCUUAUACUUUUUUUUGCACUUUGAGUUACAUUCCAGAUUUGUGUGUCCCCGGCUUCUCCAAAUCUCUCAUCAUGCAA